AUGGCGGCGACUUUUCGCUCCGUCAACUCAUCACAACCACCACCUCCCGACAUGGCCGAGACGGAUUCCAAGCUGACGUCUCCAACGACGCCCCGACCCAGCACAGCCCCUCAGUACCUGCCACCACCAAAGCAGACCGCCAUGGAUGAUGCGACGACCCCGACGAGGGCUACGUUCGGCGCCGGCACGAUGGCACAACAAAAACCUCUCCCGUCAUCGCCAUUUCCCGAGGGCAUCCAGGUGCCCGAGGAUGCCACAGAGAGCAAGACAUCAUCGAGGGAGGCUUCACACCAACCAAAGAGAUCAAGAGAUUCUGCCGAGAUGGACCUCGACGAUGCAGAGGAUAAGGACACGCCCGGUGGCGGCGAUGACGAAGCGGACUCGGAUGACGAGGACAGUGUGAACGCCGACGGUACCAGGUCGAGUAAGAAGAAGAAAUCGCAACGAUUCUACUGUACCGACUAUCCGCCAUGUAACUUGAGUUUCACGAGAAGCGAACACUUGGCGAGGCACAUCAGAAAACACACUGGCGAACGUCCCUUCCAAUGCCACUGCUCCAGGCGUUUCUCUCGCCUUGACAACCUCCGACAGCACGCCCAGACUGUACAUGUGAACGAGGACAUCCCCUUAGACUCCUUGGCCGCAACUGGUACGCGGUUUCAGAGACAGAUUCGGACGGACCGGGUGCGUCAAGGUGCUGGAAGAGCCAGGGCCUCGACGGCUGGGAGUAUCAGCGCACCUGGCCGGGGCCAUUCUAAAUCACUCUCGACGUCCAGCAUCACAAGCAUCAGCUCCAUCGGCUCGACUUACAGUUCAAGGGAUGAUGUUCGGAGGCGGCCACCACCUCUCGUAAUGGCUGAUCCUCAAGCCCGGCUUUCCAUCGAAUCCUACCGGAGUGCUGGCUCUGGCCAUUUUCCGUUCCGACAGCCGUCGCCGAGUGAUUUCGGCACCCCGACAUCUGCAACUUUUUCUACGGGCCAGAACAGCCCGAGAUGGGGCUCUGUCGUUGGCUCACCUGCCACCACAUACUCUCGCAGCCACGCCAUGUAUCCAUCUGGCUCUCGCACCCCCGGACGGCGGCUUAGCGUGCCUUCUGGUGUGAACCCCUUCCAGUCCCCUCACGGAUCCGGUAAUCUCGGCCGGCCUCUCUUUGGGCCUGGCUCCCAGAACGCCUCGAAUUCUGCCGCGCUUGGUUCUCCGAACGCGAGCUUGCUUGCCUCUCCCACAACAUCGACCUCUGGGUGGUCUCGCCGCGAUUCGCUCAACAGCGUUGCUGACGAGGCAUGGCGUAGGAGGACGUGGCACCCGGACAGCAGCAACUUCACUAACCCGGGAAGUCGACUCAGCCAAGUCAUCACGUCGUCGCAGCUCGACCCCCCUCCUGAGCCCUUACCCGCCGUUGUCAACAAUGGUCCUCAGCAGCAGAACAUCCGCCUGCCCGGUAUCGAGUCCUUUGAUCCCAUCCCUCGUCGACCGUCCUCGCCUGUGAGAAGGGCGCCCUCGCCUAUGGUGGUUGAUAGUGAAGCCGCCAAUCCACCUGCGCUGCUGCCUUCUGCAAACAUUUCGACGGAAAGACAGGCCCUGCCACAGUGGGAGAUGGGUCUUCACCGUGGGCUGAACCGCCUGGAGAUCAACAACACGACCCCUCCUCGAGAUGGAGCUGGCGCUUGGGCAAGCGAGGUUCAACAGGCCAUGCAAUCUCGGUCUGAGCAACCCCGACCAUACCAACCCACCGUGCGUUUUGAGCCCCAGCCACAGAUUGUGCACCCGCCGCCUAUUCCGCAAGCCGCUGGGCCCCCGAGAGGUCAUCAGCACACGAUGUCAGCUCCGUUGAUCUCGACGAACCGAGAGGCCAAGCGUCACGGCUGGUACAACGGACCGGUCACGGUCCAUGAAGACAGGGUCCUGGAGGGACGCCCGCACGUCGAUCGCAUUGCGCACCCUAACCUGCACGCAUUCUCCGGCUUUCCUGCCCGGGAGCAACCUCCAUCACAGUACCAUGCCCAAGCGACGACCCCCGACUCUUUGAGGAGACUAGAGGCUCUCGUCGCAGUUGCCACCAGCGAGUCGUCUACUGCGACGGCGUGCUAG